AUGUUUUUGGAAACAAAUCGAAUUUUCCGAUUGAUUUCAUUAUUCUCAUUGUUGUUGUGUGUAUGCCUUGGCCAAAAUAAUAACCUUAGCGCUAGUCCCGAAGGUGAUGGUGGUGGUGGUGGAAAUAAAGUACGUCGCAGCAUACUUGAUCCGUUUGCUGGCCCACCACCGUUUGCUCCAUUCGGUGCUGGCAUACCGCCAUUUGGUUUUGGUUUCCCACCCUAUCCAUUGCCAUUUCCACCACCUUUUCCGCCACCACCAUUUCCUCCACCAUUUGGUGGCUUCCCUUCGCCGUUAGCGCCACCAUUACCGCUGCCACCACCACCCGUUUUGCCAGCACCAUUUCCCGCUCCAUUUCCGUUACCCUUUUAUCCUCCAGGGCCACCGUUUGGUUUUGGUUAUCCUUUUGCGCCGCCAUUUGCAGCUGCACCACCACCACCGGUAGCCCCUCCGCCACCUCCGCCGCCACCACCACCUCUUCCCGCACCAGCACCGAUAAUAUUGCCAGCACAUACAGCGGCAACAUUAAGUGUUGCCUCAUUACUGCACGCCUUAAUUGCCAAGAAAUUCUAUCCACCUGUUGUACCGUUUCCAGUUCCAAGGCCAAUACCAUUUCCCGUCACAGUUAAGGUCCCAGUACCAGUUCCCGUACCUGUCGAUCGUCCCGAACACAUUACAAUUCUCAAACCGUCUAAUCAAUAUGACGAUGAGCAUAUUUUGCAUGAAGACAAAUAUCAUGAAAUGGAAAAUGAAUGGAAUUCAGCACCACCGGAAAUAAUAAGGCAUUCAGAAUAG